CGGAAGUGAGGGAGAGGCUAAAAGCGGUGACUAGCUGGUUCAGCUUAAGAGAGCUAGUUAUCUGUGCUUUGAAGACAUUCGGCGUCUUAAGGAAGUUGGCACAGCCUAGAUUUCAUACGACUGAUUGACUUCAAGCUGAAAUUACUCGGUAUGUCGACAGUGAAUGUGCUUGCAAGCAUGCAACCUAAAUCAAAGGGAGACGUUAGCUAGCUGGUUAAUGUUACCUUGACAGCAAGUAUGGCGUUUUGUAGCUAUCUAGCGUAGCUAUCUGAUAUUCUGAAGGCCCUCAGCUACCAUAUCACCCUCUGACACGAUGGAAUGUUCUGCCAACAAACUCAAGACAUCAACCUGUGUCCAAUAUGAAAUGCAACUGCUGUAAACAGCUCGCUAACCGAUAACGUUAGCUAGCACAGCUAGCUAGCUAAAUUGGUUUUGAAGGCUAAUGCCAACCUCAAGUCCUAACUAACUAGCUAGCUAUGCUUUUGUACAGGGAACUAGUUAGAUGAAAGACCGUUAACUAACGUAUGCAGGUAACGUUAGGUAGUAAGUAGACGAUGUCAACAUAAGAUUCCAGGUAAUCUGGCUAAUAUGAUCUUUAGUUAAAACAGCAGCUGCCAAGGAAACGUGUCACCAUUCAUCAAUGUCUGCUAACUUCCUUUCUCUGUAAUUCCUUUAGAUUGUAGCUACCUACUGUCUUCUACUUUAUAAACAACAUCCCUGUCUCAAAACCUGUCAACACCUACAUCGAGCAUCAACUCGCUACAUCACUCCUGGGUGCAGUCCGGCCAAGAAAAUAAUGUCCUACAGUUGAAGAUGGGAGGUAGUGGCUCCAAAACCAAAGGAUAUUGGCCUUUUGCAGGUUCAGGCAGUGGUGAUGGCGAUCCAACCAAAGAGGGAGUCGACGAACAGUCGCUGGCAAGGCUCAGAAGUUUCCGAAAUGGGACGCCCUUCGUGUUUACCAGAAGGAGGUAAAUAUAGCAUCACAAGUAGCUAUGUCAUCAUAACAUAAAGCACAUGCUACAAGUCAGAGAACCAGCCACUUCUCAGGAUUGAGCAAGACUUGUAUGUCCUAAUGCCUUACGCAACUUUAAACUUAAGCCAAUAUUGUGCUCUUACAUAAUAGUGUACCCUUUAAAUUGUAUCUUUCUAGAAACUUCCCUUCACAAUGUCAGUAUGCCUAGGUCUGUGUCUCGGGGUGUACACAGAUCAACACAUGGCACAUGUUUGACAUCCCUUUCUAGCUCUGUGUGGCGGUGCGCAACGGGAGGGGUUUACCCAUGCAACAUCUAUACUGGGUAGACAUUUGUCAUGCUCUUAUUUCUCUGGACCCCACCCAGCAGUAAUCCUUAUCUGCCUUCAGCUCCCUGUACUUUGACGAAGAUGGAGACCUGGCCCACGAGUUCUACGAGGAGACAGUUGUGACGAAGAAUGGCCGCAGGAGGUCCAAACUGAAGAAGAUCCAGAAAAACCUCAUACCUCAGGUAACAGGCCCUUCUCUCAAACAGUCGGAAUACAAUAUUCAGGGGUGUAUUCACUAGGAACCAAACAGGACGAAAUGGGGUCCUACCUAAAUUUGUCCAAUAGUAAUGCUAGUUUUUGUUGCAAAAUGUUUUGCUAUGGCGUGCACUAAUGAAUACACCCCCGGUAUUAGAUUUUUCCUGAUUAGCCCCCUAGAGUGGAUGUCCGCGCCUCUGCAGAAAUCUAAUUAGCAUAAUAAAUACAUCCCCAUAAAAAUCAGUCAGUUUAAGCUAUAGAUAUUUGGUUGCAUCAUUUGUUGCAUUGGAUGCUUCUCAAUCCGCCGAUGUCGCACUUCCGCAUCAGCGGUGAAAGGUGACAGCGCUAGAGCGGUGUUUGUCAGACCAUGAGACAUCCCUAAAAUCGGUCUUCUCACAAAAUCGUCUAUAGUGUCCGAACGGUUUGGCCUACACACUGAUAUGACCUCUGUGGAAAGGUGAGACUCUAGAAUGCCCAAAGGCUUGUCUGAAGGUCCCCUGGUACCAGUUGAAAAAUUAAUGGAAGUAUAUAUGGAGACUGUUUAGUGCCAAAAACAAGGGGUUAAAUACAUGUACAAAAAAAAUAUAUAUAUAUAACUUCCUUUAGAUUUUUGGGGGACUACUUGUUCCAUGUAGUGAAUGUUAUUCAAUGCAUUUGUAUGGGCUAAUAGCUGUAAGGCCAAAAAUAAGUUUUCAUCAAAUUGUUUUAUUUUUUGGAUACUUCAAGGGGUCUUAAAAUUCUAAAUUAAAUAGCUUAAUGAUCCUUGGUAUGACCUUCUUAAAACAAUUCCAUAUAGCUUAGUAGAACCCCACCCCAGCUUAGACGGGGCUUAGACUGUAAUGGGUUAAACAGGAAUUCUAUUAUCUUCUGAUGUCAUCUAGUAUGCAUGAUUUUAAAUUGUCCCACCCCCAAACCAGUAUAUUCAAUAUGGCAAUAUCCUGAUCACAUUGCUGUAUGUUAGGGGCUAGAUAACUAAUGAAUGAUUAUGUGCUUAGUUGUGUUUUCUCUUUUUUCUUAUAGGGAACCAUACAUCUGGAGCACCCCUGCAUCCAUGUGGAUUUCCCUGUCGUUCUCUGUGAGGUUUGAUGAAGCCUGGUUCCAUGUUUUGAGACCAGACUCAGAUGAGCCACUGUGUCAACUCGGUCCCCUUGUUUCCCUCGCCACAUAUACUUUACCCUGAAGCCCUCCACGUACCCUCCUCUAAUACGCCAUGGUCUCCCGGUGAUGAUGUUUGGCCGGCGUCCUGACCUGUGAGGACAGAUGUGCUGUUGCUCAAAGCGUGUUCAGGCUCUGCAUGACCUGUGGACUCUGUAAGGUGUGGCCUGUGUGCAGUCACGUUACACACAGUAGUGAGUGGCCACUUACAGAGACAAUCAGUGGUCUGUAAAAGGUGUCGGAGAAGAUGGAUGAUGAUGAAGACAUCAUUCUGCUCCCGUUACCCUCAACCUAUUCAAUAAAUACAAUGCAGGUCCUGUGUGUGUUAGUGGAAAUGAAAUGUGACAAUGUAUCUGCCUGUCUCGCAUUAGUGUGCUCUGGUAGGAUGAUCCACUGUACUUUGUAAGGAGAAUGUAAGAGGCCAAUUGAACCAUGGGCUGUUAAGUAGAGUAGUGUGUGUCAGAAUAGGCCGGAGGUCCUAUAUCUUUAAAUCCUGGCCUAGAGAGUGAAUUUACCAUCUGUACGGAGCAGCGAGGGGAACAGGUAUUAAGGGGUGAGAUUUUCCGUUACCUGUUCAGUCUUCAGCGCGUCCAAAUUUAGUUGCAAAAUUCCAGGAACUUUCAAUAAAUUCCCUGGUUUUACAGAAAUCCCAUUUGGAAGAUUCCCAGAAUGGGCAGGAAAUCCAGAAUCCUCCAAC